UCCACAAAGAAACGCAAGUCGCUUUCCACACACGUGAUCGUUCGUCGACUUUUCUUCUUCUCCUCUCUCUCUCUCUCUCUCUCUCGUCUCUUAACCUUUUCAGGGGAUGAUGAAUUAGGGUUUAAUCAAUCUAACCAAAAGAGGAGAAAUCCAUAUAUUUUAUUUUUUGUCAUAUUUUCUAUUGGGCUGAUUGUUUAUAUCUCCAGCUCUGGUUUAGGUUUAACCGGCUCUGUUUUUACUCACGAUGAUGUUUAACGAGAUGGGAAUGUUAGGCGGGAACGUGGACUUCUACUCUUGUUCCUCUCUCGGGGAACUUGACCUCUGUCCCGCACCACAGCCUGAACUGGAUUCUAUUGUUGAAGACGACUACACAGACGACGACGAGAUCGAUGUGGAUGAGCUCGAGAGGAGGAUGUGGAGAGACAAAAUGCGUCUCAAACGUCUCAAGGAGCAGCAGCAGGACAACAAGAGCAGCAAACAAGGAGUUGAUUAUGAUUCCGCCAAGCAGAGACAGUCUCAGGAGCAAGCCAGGAGGAAGAAAAUGUCCAGAGCGCAAGACGGGAUCCUGAAGUACAUGCUGAAGAUGAUGGAAGUCUGUAAAGCUCAAGGCUUUGUCUACGGUAUCAUCCCGGAGAACGGGAAGCCUGUGACCGGCGCAUCGGAUAAUCUCCGCGAGUGGUGGAAAGAUAAAGUCAGGUUUGACCGUAACGGUCCUGCUGCGAUUGCCAAGUACCAAGCGGAGAACAACGUCCCAGGGGUUUGUGAAAGUAACGGUUUGAUUGGACCUACGCCGCACACGUUGCAAGAGCUUCAGGACACGACUCUGGGGUCGCUUUUGUCUGCGUUGAUGCAGCACUGUGACCCUCCUCAGAGACGGUUUCCUUUGGAGAAAGGUGUGCCUCCUCCGUGGUGGCCUAGCGGGAAAGAGGACUGGUGGUGUCAGCUCGGUUUGGGUAAAGACCAAGGCCCUGCUCCUUACAAGAAGCCUCAUGAUUUGAAGAAGGCGUGGAAAGUCGGCGUUUUGACCGCGGUUAUUAAGCAUAUGUUUCCUGAUGUUGGUAAGAUCCGUAAGCUUGUGAGGCAGUCCAAAUGCUUGCAGGAUAAGAUGACUGCUAAAGAGAGUGCUACUUGGCUCGCUAUUAUUAACCAAGAAGAGGCUCUGGCUCGGGAGCUUUAUCCUGAGUCCUGCCCUCCUCUUUCUUCUUUAUCAGGCGGUGGGAACUGCUCGCUUCUGAUGAAUGAUUGUGGUCAGUACGAUGUUGAAGGGUUUGAGAAGGAGACUCGUUAUGAAGUGGAAGAGGUCAAGCCUGUGAAGGAAGAAGUCUCAUCAGAGUUCAUGAGGAAGAGGAAGCCUAACCGAGAUUUGAACGCUGUAAUGGAGAGAACGGUUUUCACCUGUGAGAAUCCUGGGUGUGUCCAUAGCGAAAUCAGCAGGGGGUUUCUGGAUAGGAACUCAAGAGACAACCAUCAAUUAGGUUGUCCACACCGAGACAGUUGCGUACUUUAUGGAGCAGGACCGUCCAGGUUCCAUGUCAACGAAGUUAAGCCUGUCGUUGGAUUUUCUCAGCCAAGGCCGGUGAACUCGGUGGACCAGCCAAUUGACUUAACCGGUAUUGGAGUUCCUGAAGAUGGGCAGAAGAUGAUCUCCGAGCUUAUGUCUAUGUACGACAGGAACGUCCAGAGUAACCAAACUCCUAUGGUUAUGGAGAAUCAAAACGUGUCACUGCUUCAACCAAUGGUCCAGAAUCAGUUCCAAGGAAACAUGGUGGAAGGAGGUUUCUUUGAAGAGUUUAACAUCCCAAACAGAGCUAAAAACAACAACAGCAGCAACCAAAUGUUUUUCCAAGGGAACAACAAUGGGUUCAACUACGACACUGCACACAACAACAACUUUGAAGUUGCGCAUAACAACAGUAGCAGCAACAGGUUUCAGGGUGUGUAUGAUUCUGCACCGUUCGAUAUGGCCUCAUUGGUUUACAGAGAUGAUAUGUCAGUGCCAGGAGUAGUUGGGACGAUGGAUGGUAUGCAACAAAAGCAGCAUGAUGUUUCCAUGUGGUUCUAAGUCUUGGUAGUAUCUUCUGGUUAUUUUUAUCUCUUCUGUUCUUACAUUCACUCUACCAUGUAGUAUUUUUCUGGGGGCGUCUCUUUGUCUAAAACUCUCUGGUACUGUGUGUCUUGGUCUUGGCUGGUGAAUCUCUUUCAUCAUCAGCUUCUUUUAGUUUACGCACCCCCAUUCUUAGGGACAAACACAAUGUAAGUUCUCAUAUUAUACAUAUAUAACGUGGAAUUAAUUGUAAGUA